GAUUCGUCCGCCACACUUUCCGAAUUUCCUUCCUUUCCUUCAUUCACCCGCACCGCAUACCUGGUCCGCAGCUACUAUGGUGCUCGAUUUAGACCUGUUUCGCACCGACAAAGGCGGCAAUCCUGAAAUCGUGAGGGAGACCCAGAGGAAACGGUUUAAAGAUGUGUCUCUGGUGGAUAAACUUGUACAGGUGGACACAGAAUGGAGGAAAUGUCGCUUUACUGCAGAUAAUCUAAACAAGGCCAAGAAUCUGUGCAGCAAGGCCAUAGGUGAAAAAAUGAAGAAGAAAGGGCCAGUUGGUGAUGAUGAGACUCUUCCAGAUGAGGCACAGAACUUGGAAGCCCUCAAUGCAGAAACAUUAUCACCCCUCACGGUGACUCAGAUCAAAAAGGUGCGGUUACUGGUGGAUGAAGCAGUGCAGAAGACAGACAGUGAUCGACUAAAGCUGGAGGCGGAACGCUUUGAGUACCUGAGAGAGAUCGGAAACCUUUUACACCCCUCUGUGCCCAUUAGCAAUGAUGAGGAUGCAGAUAAUAAGGUGGAGCGCACCUGGGGUGACUGCUCGGUGCAGAAGAAGUACUCUCACGUGGACCUGGUCGUCAUGGUGGAUGGAUACGAAGGAGAAAAAGGAGCAAUUGUGGCUGGUAGCAGAGGAUACUUCCUCAAGGGGCCUCUAGUUUUCCUGGAGCAGGCCUUAAUAAACUAUGCAUUACGGAUCCUGUACAGCAAGAACUACAAUGUCCUCUACACACCCUUCUUCAUGAGGAAAGAAGUUAUGCAGGAGGUUGCUCAGCUGAGCCAGUUUGAUGAUGAACUCUACAAGGUGAUUGGGAAAGGAAGCGAGAAGUCCGAUGACAAUACAGUGGACGAGAAGUAUUUGAUUGCCACAUCAGAGCAGCCAAUCGCUGCCUUCCUGAGAGAUGAGUGGCUGAAGCCAGAGGACCUCCCCAUCCGGUAUGCCGGCUUCUCCACCUGCUUCAGACAGGAAGUGGGCUCUCACGGCAGAGACACGCGUGGGAUCUUCAGGGUCCAUCAGUUUGAGAAGAUUGAGCAGUUUGUGUACGCCUCUCCACAUGACAACAAAUCCUGGGAGAUGUUUGAUGAAAUGAUCGGAAUUGCUGAAGGGUUUUAUCAGUCAUUAGGAAUUCCCUACCGCAUCGUCAACAUUGUGUCAGGUGCAUUGAACCAUGCCGCCAGUAAAAAGCUGGAUUUGGAGGCUUGGUUCCCAGGCUCCCAGGCCUUUAGAGAGCUUGUGUCCUGCUCAAACUGCACUGACUACCAGGCUCGCCGCCUGCGUAUCCGCUACGGCCAGACCAAGAAGAUGAUGGACAAGGCUGACUUUGUGCACAUGCUAAAUGCCACCAUGUGCGCGACCACUCGUGUUAUCUGUGCGAUCCUGGAAAACUUCCAGACAGAGGAAGGCAUCACCAUUCCAGAACCUCUCAGGGCAUUCAUGCCUCCAGGUUUAACAGAAAUGAUCAAGUUUGUGAAGCCUGCCCCUAUUGACCAGGAGGCAUCCAAGAAGCAGAAGAAACAACAGGGAGGAGGCAAGAAGAAGAAACAGCAAGGUGGUGAUGCUGAUCUAGAGAAUAAAGUAGAGAAUAUGUCAGUCAAUGACUCAUAAACCCGCCCACUACAAUCCAAGCAAUAACAAUGGUUCUUCAUGAAACUUCCCUUUUAUGACCCCUCCCACCCCCCCCAUCCCAAUUCACUGUCAUUGUCCACUGACAAAGGCACUCCAUUUCUUCCAUUUCAUCUCCUUUGCUUUAUUUUAUUCUCUGACAGUUUUAUGGGGCUGUCUUUGGUACAAUUUAAAUCUUUUAUUCAAAAUGCAUGAUGGUGUGACAGACAUACUGUAUAUCCAAUUAACAGAGAUGUCUCCAAUGACUCUGUAAUUUCCGAGGCAUUGUUGUAUUAAGAGAUAGUUAAAAUCAAAACUGUAAUGAAGGGAAUAUGCAUGGUUAUAAAAAAUACUUCAAUAUACUGCAUCAAUGCCAUGUUAGAAGAGGGUAUUUCAGCUUAUUCUGAAUGGAAGUAGGUUUUGCAGAAUGAAAAGACCUCUUUCUUUCAAUAUUCUGUCCUAGAAAUAAUACCUGCGCCAUAAAUAAGCAUAAUGGAAGUGUAAAUGUUAAGGUUAUAAUGAAUUACUUAUCAAUUCACAUUGUCACAUACCUUAAAGUAAUAUGGAAUGUGCAGUUAUAAAUGCUGUUGUCAUUCAUUUCUGACUUUUUCUUCAUAGAUGAGGUUUCUUGUGAUUUGUCUGUAAAACAGGGAAUGUUAUUAUAUGUAGAGUACUUUAAUAACAUGCCUUGUUUUAGAUGUCAUUAUCAUGGCUUAUGAGAAAUAAAUCAAUACUG